AUGAAUAUGUUUUUAUCUACAUGAUUCAAUUACGAAGAAACUAAGCCAAGCAGCUAGGUACCAUGGUGAUCAAGAAGGCUUCAGCACAUCCUCUUUUCAUGAGCACCACACCACUAUCUGCCUCCCGAGCUAUACUGAUCACAUGCCUUCUCCUAUUCGAUAUUAGCAGAUUAGCUUCUGCACGAAAGAAGCACCCGAGAUGUCCGUCUUUCUCUUGUGGACCUCUGCACGACAUUGGUUAUCCAUUCCGCUCGAAGGGCGACCCCCCCAAAUGCGGGGAUCGUCGAUUUCAGCUUGCCUGUGAGGCUGGUAACAAGACUAUCUGGGAUAUCCACCAACCUGGGACAUACUACGUUACCGAGAUCUCGAAGAGUCUUCCCUUGCAGUCUCUUUCCCGCACCAGCAUCGAGAGCAUGGGAUUAUAUGCAAGCGAUUUUACGUGGGCUACCUUUGUGAGCUGUACGAGGAUGAUAGUAAACAGCACAUAUAACCCUGUUCCUUGUUUGAGCAAGACCGAUGCAUUUGCGUAUGUUAUACUUUCAUCUCAAGCGCUUCAGCUGGAGGAUACGGAGCGUUUCUGUAGCUUCUUAGCGAUGACUCCGGUUAUGUUCGAUCCAGAACGAAUGCAGCUGAUGAAUGGAAACAUGAUCUCGCUGGAGCAUCCCACAACAGAAUACGUCUUCCAGCUCCUGAAGCGUGGAUUUCCUGUUCCGAUUUACUCAGCAGGUCUUCCUGCUCUGUUUUACGCAGCAGGUCUUCAGGAUUUUUCCGGCUUUUAUGGUUGUCCAAAAGAAGCUGUAUGGUAA